GGUAGUCGAUUCAACUUCAAUCAGGUUGAAGGGAAACAGACUGGAAUUGGCUGAGUACUUCUGAAAACCUCCCUUCUGGCAAAGUAUUUUUCUCUUCCUUAUAACACAAUUGCAGACCCAAGGUUAAAUUGAUGGGACUAACAGAACAAUGACAUCCACUGCAAGGACCAGCUACACCUCGAUUCCGAACCAGAAAUACAGACGCAGUAGCCGUCGCUCCAGACAGCGCUGCAACUUGGUGGACGCAGAUUCCCAAUCUCUGUCAACACUCGGAUAUUUUAAAACACUUCCAUUAGAGAUCUUUCAAAUGGUACUGAAUUACCUUUCAGUGAGGGAUAUCAGCAUGCUGAGCAUGGUGUCGAAAACCAUCAGCAACCGCCUUAUUAAUUACAUCUCAACCCCAUCAGGAAACCGACGGCUCUUAUUGCAAGACUUUCAUAACCCUGAGCUACCCGGCAAGAGAGAAGGAUCCUAUAUUUUAGAGCACUACAAAUCUCUAGGAUUGUUGCUUAAAAGAUGCACGCUUCUAUUGCCAACAAAAGACAGGCUAAAGUACAUACACAAGAUCCUCUCAGAAGUUUCCUGUUUUAAACUUAACGGUUGCCCAAGUCCUUUGCAUUGUUUAGGAUUACAGUGCUAUGGGGUAUUUUUACAGAUCCUAACAGCAGGCUGGGAUGAACUAGAGUGUCACCGGGUUUUUAACUUCCUCUGUGAGCUGAGCAAUUUACCCCGUAAAGUACAGACAGUUGUCAGCAGCAAACCGGGGAGUGCCCGAAAGCUAGAGCUGCGGAUAAGGUUAUACUGUCGUAGCGUCUUGUUGAACCACUGGAUUCAUCGGAGUGAUUCUGCCUUUUGGUUGACUCGUAUUUUAAAGCCAUGGCCCAUGGUCAAUCAAGCUCGCCUGCUGUAUAUCAUCUUUGGGCCAGUGUCCACUCUUGAUGGACAUGUGGUUUGGCAGAAAAUGAUAGAAGGACCAACAGAUGAGACCAGUCUGAAAGGUCUGGCAGAUGCAAUUAAACUGCUGUAUGAUACAGAAGCUAGAGAAUGGACAGCAGAUGAUGUUAUCAGUCUUGUGGAUGAGCUGUCAGUUGUUCCCCGGGAGUGGCUCAUGGAGAACAAUGCUCGGCUUCUCAUUCUGAGUGGAAACAGCAUUUGCUUCACUUUCAUGGCCAGCAAAGCUGUGAACGGAAGGACCCUCGAGUUAGCCAGGCUCAUGGUCUUCCUGGCUUUGGUCUGCGAGAAGGACCUGUACUGCAUGGACUGGGCAGUAAAAAUGAUGCAGAAGGUCUGCAAAGUUUUCAGUACUCCAGGGGAGAGGAACAACUUUCUGCAGUGUGUGGAGAAUGUCUUCGCUCACAUGAUCAUGGACACGCUACAGGCAGUGCUGUCCGGGGAUCGCGAUGAAGAGGACAGCAGCUUUUUGAAUUUGUUUCACCUUGUAAAUGCCCAAGCGAACUUCCAUAAAGAGAUCCUGUACCUGACCAUGAGAAGCAACGGCAACACCGCUUGAUGCUCUGAAUUUUCCAGACUCUUGCCCUACUCCUGCUGGAUUUUUCUAAUUUUUUUAUUUUUAUUUUUUUUUUUCCAAACACUUGCAAAGCAGUAUCCAAUUAUUUCUUAAAUUUCCAUUCUGGUAAGAGCUGGAGCGGCAGCGGGAGGAGCUAGUGACAUACAUGUCAGCCCAGCUGAAGGAGCUCAGGGGACCGCUGGGGACCUCAGCGUUCGCAGCGGGGUUCUGUGCGUUUCACUCCUCUGAGGCCACGUGAAGACACACGGAGGAAGCAGGCUGGGGGCCUCUGGUUUGGGAACAUAAACUGCAUUCUUUUCCCACUGCGUAUGUUUGCACACACAAUAAAAAUGACAUGGUUUUCAUAUUUGAUGUGCAUACACAAAUUGAAGAAUGUUAUCUUAGUUCAGAACCAAAAACAUUUUGAUCUUUAAAUUUUGUUUUCUCUUGGGAAUCGGAGGAGAAAGAGACAGACAUAAUUAGAGCGGCACAGCUACAUUUUUCCAGUUUGCCAGUGUCUCCCUCGCUCUUACGUUCUCCAUAGGUUGCACAUUCAGUUUUAGCAGAAAGAGGUGAUGGCUGAAAGAAAGCAAUUUAACUGCUUUGAUAAAGCAAAGCAGUUUUUUCCCCCCAAAGCUACAGGUACCUUUCAACCAUAACGCAGAAGCAACUUCAAAUCCCUCUCCCUGCCUGGUGUAAUAACUGAAUGUUAAAGCGUAUUUGCCUUUAUAGGACUUUGCUAAGUUGAUGACACACAUUAAACGCGUAUAGGCUAAGAUCACUGUUUCAUUAAAGUAUAUAAACGUUUGCUACUUAUAAAAGGUUUUU